AGUUUCUAUCGUCACGAUUCCAAGCCCCUUUCCUUCUCAUUCACUCCCCCUUCACCCUUUUUUUUUUUUUUUUCUUAUUUCCCUUCCCCUUUCCCUUUCCCCCACCAACACCAACACCAACACCCAUAAUCCAAUCUUCCUCUUCCAGCAGAACAAAGCCAAUCGUUAAUGGCGAUGGAAACCCACCCUUCAAUCUGAAUUCCCAGAAACCCCUUUCAUUUUCUCAUACUUUCUACACCACAAUUUUCUAACCCCAACUCCUAAUCUUGAGGCACUUUCAUUUUGGCCAAUGUCACAGCAGAAGACAGUUUCCCACAUCGAUAACUUACCAUCAACGCCGGGGAAGUUCAAGCCGGAUAAAUCUCCGCCGUAUAUUCACCGGUUGAGGGUCCAUUCCGCCAUUUCCAGGCUCACUCUAUGGUCCUCCUUGUUCUUGAUUUUCAUCAUCUGUUUCUUCUUCUUCUCCCCUCCUUCAUCCUCCGCAUCGCCUCGCCGAGCCCUGGGCGGCGACUCCUGGGGUGGUCAUAAUUGGGAGAAAAAGGUCAGCCGCUCUGCUCAAACGCGCUCCGGCCUCACCGUCCUCGUCACCGGCGCUGCGGGUUUUGUCGGAACCCAUGUCUCAAUCGCCCUGAAACGACGAGGCGAUGGGAUUCUUGGACUCGAUAACUUCAAUGACUACUACGAUCCACAGCUCAAAAGAGCUCGGCGGAAGCUUCUCGAUCGCGCUGGUGUGUUCGUCGUAGAAGGAGACAUUAACGAUUCUGAACUGCUUCGUAAGCUCUUCGAUGUUGUGGCUUUCACCCAUGUUAUGCACCUUGCGGCUCAGGCUGGAGUCAGGUACGCAAUGCAGAACCCGGGUUCUUAUGUGCACAGCAAUAUUGCUGGGUUUGUGAGCCUUUUGGAAGCCUGUAAGUCGGCAACUCCACAGCCCGCCAUUGUUUGGGCAUCUUCAAGCUCAGUCUAUGGAUUGAAUUCCAAGAUACCCUUUUCAGAGAAGGAUCGAACUGAUCAACCAGCAAGUCUUUAUGCUGCAACAAAGAAAGCUGGAGAGGAGAUAGCUCAUACUUACAAUCAUAUUUACGGGCUUUCAAUCACUGGUUUGAGAUUCUUUACUGUAUAUGGACCUUGGGGUCGCCCUGACAUGGCGUAUUUCUUCUUCACUAAGGAUAUUCUCAAGCGGAGGGCGAUAACAAUCUAUGAAGCUCCUGAUCAUGGUACAAUUGCUAGAGAUUUUACCUACAUUGAUGACAUCGUAAAGGGGUGUUUGGGGGCUCUGGAUACCGCUAAGAAGAGUACAGGGAGUGGUGGGAAGAAGAAGAGGGCUGCACAGCUGAGGAUUUUCAAUCUGGGAAACACAUCACCAGUACCAGUGAGUGAGCUUGUUAGCAUACUGGAGAAGCUGUUGAAAGUAAAGGCAAAGAAGAAAGUUCUGCCAAUGCCCAGAAAUGGAGAUGUUAAGUUCACUCAUGCCAACAUAAGUUUGGCUCAUAAGGAGUUUGGUUACAGGCCAACUACCAAUCUCGAUACAGGACUGAAGAAGUUUGUGAGUUGGUACCAAGAUUACUAUUCUGGUUCCAAGAAGAGAGUUGCCAGGGCUUUCUCCAACAUUUAGAUUCUUCACAAUUAAUGUUGUUUUGUGUCCACUGAUCAUCAAUCUUUGAUAAUUUGCUGCAUUUUUCAGUCAUAUUGUGCUUACAAAGAAGCAGCACCUCCUGCAUUAGCUUUGCUUUUUGCUCUUCAUUGCCAUUUUCUGUCAGCAAAAGACUAGAAGCCCACUUUUCAUAGCUAUAUCCCACAUGUUACUUCAUUAGUUCUGUUCGUUUUUCUGUAUUUCCCCUAUGGACUGCAUUCUGUUGAGGCUUUACAUUUCAUGACUGAGAGAAAUGAAACAUGCUGGUUGGUUGGUGGACUUCACUUAUCAUCUUGAAUAAGAUAGCAAUUUACGAAA